AUGGAGGCCACUUUUCAUGAUUCGAAGGCCGAUCAAAAGGGCCAUGAUAUCAGUGGGCGAGAGAUAGAAGAAAAAGAUGCUCGGCGGAUCGCAGAGAACGAAGAUCGAAAAAUGCAUGGCGAGAAGACCGUAGGCGGAAGUGCGGGCCGUGCACAAGUGGCCGAUAAAGAUCCCAAAGCCCAUGACGUUAAAGUCGGUGGCCAAGGUGACCAUCUACCAAACGAAAAACCAAUCAUCUGA